AUGGGCAAAGACUCGACCCACAAGCCCAUCAACGCGUACAAGAUGACUGCGGCGCUCAAGAACAUCUACUAUAGGCUGACGCCCACGUCUUCGUCGCUGUCGCUGCCGACGCAGAAGAACCCUGGCGAAUUUACCAAAGCGCGGACCACAGACGCGCUGUUCCCCACCACCGACCCCACCAUUGAUGGCGACGAGUGCCUGCACGACUGCGCCAGCUGCACCAUCAAGUACCCUAGGAAGUUCACUAUCGAUGAGGAUGAGGAGCUUUACGGUCAUGUCAAGGGGUGGAGCACACAUCUGAUUGUCGCGACGGGAAAGACGGAUUGGGUGCGCGAUGUUGCAGACGAGAAAGGCAGCAUCAUGGAGGCGGUGGACAAGGGUGACGUGAAGCCCAGCAACGGCAAACUCAUGCUCUCCGCGUCCGACAUCCCUGUGCCCGAACACUCAGAGCAUAGUACCACGGUACUCCUCCUUCCCAAGUUCCAGUUCAUCGACAACGUCACACCCGCGAAUACACCCAACCUCAUACGAGACUUCGUGGAUAAGGGUCCGACCAAUACGUCGCCGCUCCCUCACCCGACGCAACCUGCGCUGCCGCCGUCACCCUCGCCGCUGUCACAAGAAGCAUCUGCGCCCGAACCAGCCGCAAUGGCGGCACCUCAGAUCCCACCCACAAUUUCAUCUUCCGGUCUCAAGGCGCGGCCGUGCCCACACAAAUACCUUAUAUUGUUGUGCAGCCAGAAAACGCGUGAUGCACGUUGCGGCCAGUCGGCACCUCUGCUGCGGAAAGAGUUCGAGCGACAUCUUGCGCCGCUAGGUCUCUACCGCGACCUCCACGACGAGCGACCGGGCGGCGUCGGAAUAUACUUCAUAAGUCACGUUGGUGGCCACAAGUUCUCGGCAAACGUAAUGAUCUACCGCUCUGCCUCAGCGAUCGAGCGACCCAACCAGCUCAAUGGCCAUGCCAACGGCGUCGAGGAGUCAUUGGAAAAGUUAAAGGUCGAAGAUAACAAGGGACACGAAGUGGUGUUGGACGUGAACAAGGCCCAGGAGGCAGAGGGCAACGGCGAGGCAGCACAGUGCAUCUGGCUCGCGAGGGUGCGGCCCGAGGACUGCGAGAACAUCAUCAGAUACACGGUGCUGCAGGGCAAGCUUGUUAAGCCGCAGAGACAAUUAAGAGGAGGCUUCGAUCGGAGUAAGCAACUUGCCAGUUGGUGA